AGAGUUAUUAACCAAACAUAACCCCAAUUAUACUUCACGUGUUCGUUUACUUGCUUUCAUUUAGUGUAAAUAACGUGGUUUGCUUGUUAAAGACUUCAAAACUAUUGCUAGUGAAUAAAUUCUUGUUUAAAAUAAUGAAGACUAAAAACCAGGAUACCGCAGAAGGUUCCCCACCCAAGAAAGCAAAACUUUCCACCCCUGCAAAGCCGAAUAAUAAAUCAGUUAAAAAACCCGCACAGAACACCGGUGGUAAAAAGUUUGAAAAGUCCAACAAAAAUGCCGCAAACGCGAAUAGCAAGUUUAAUAAGAACCCAAAACCCCCAUAUGAUAAAGUAAAAAACGCAAAGAAUGCCAAAGGCGCGCUGCAAGAGAAACCCGCCGACUGGAAUGAGUUUAAAAAGGAGAAGAAAGAACUCCGGCUGAAGCGCAAAGCCACCCGUAGUCUCAUCGACGUCAUCACCAAGGCGAAAGCAAUCGGUGAACAAAUCCGCGUGAAGAAGAUGGAAGGCGAACAGCGCACGAAACUUAUCAAGGAACUGCAUCAACUGCUUGGAAAUCAGGGGAAUUAUGUUAAGUUUGUUCUUUCACAUGAUAUGGCCAGGAUUGUGCAGUAUAUGUUAAAGUUUGGUUCUGCACAAAUUAGAGAUGAGAUAUCUUCAGAAAUUAUCCCAUCCACCGUCAUAAUGCUACAGUCAAAAUACGGAAAAUUUGUCGUCAAGCGCAUGUUGAAGUACAGCAAUCAAGAAAUUCGCUCGAAAUGCAUCCAGGCCUUCUACGGGAAUGCCGUGAAGCUCUGCACUCAUGCAGUGAGCGCUCCUGUGUUCGAAUACGCCUACAGCGAGUUUGCAACGCCGGCGGAUAAAGUAAACUUGAUCCAAGAAUUCUUCGGCGAUGUGUACAAGCAGACGAAGGACACCAGCGUUAAGCACCUGCGGGAUGUAUACAAACACAGCAAAGACAUCAAGGCGGCUGCGCUGAGCACAACCAAAGCAAACCUGCAACGAAUAUUAAACAAAGAUUUACUGGAUUCUGGUCUUGUGCAGACUGUGAUCGCACAGUUUUUGAGCGAGUGUAACGUUGAAGAUCGCACUGAGUUGAUCUCACAAUUAUCCCCGCAUAUUGUUGUUUUGAGUAACAGUAAAGACGGUGCUAAAGCCGCCAUGGUUUGUUUCUGGCAUGGAACAAAUAAAGAUAGAAAAGCAGCAAUGAAAGCAAUCAAAGAGCACGUAGUUGAGAUGUGCAAACAUGAACACGCUCACACCGCAAUUAUCUGUCUGUUGGACUCAGCUGACGACACCGUGUUGUUAAACAAAGCCAUCUUGGCCGAGAUAAUCAACAAAUCCGAAGAAUUAAUUGUCGACGAUUGGGGCCGACGUGUAUUGGCAUGGAUUGUCGCUCCCGGCGACCGCAAACAGUUUCAUCCUCAGUUUAUAAACGAACUGGAACAAGGUAGAAAGGAAUCUACCUGUAAGAAAGACACAGAGGUGCGUCGCAAGGAAAUCAUCGAUCAUUGCGCCAAACCCCUCCUGCAGAAAAUCGCCGAGUUGCCGAAGACGUGGUGUCUGGAUGCCAAAGCUCUACUCGUCACUGCGCAAGUGCUUAGGAAUGACACAGUGAUGGAGAAUGCCGGCGAGGCAUUCAAAGGUUUCGCUCAGCUUGUAGUUGAAGAGGUGCAAGCAGAUGGACAGCUGUACAUCGAGAACAGCGGUGUUAAUAUGUCGCUUAAAAAGUUGAUCCAGAAUGACAAAAAUAUUCAGGGUGAUGAUACUCUUGGCGCAGCAAUCGUCAACUGCUUAACUGAUGAUAUUGUUCAAUCUUGGGUGAAACUGAACAGAGGCUGCUUCCUCCUGGCUGACAUCUACUCAAACAACAAGCUAUCCACACAGGAACAACUUAAAACACUUCUAGAACCCUGCGUGAAAUUGCUGAAGACACAAAAGACGAAAGGAUCCGAGAUUCUGUUGAAUAAACUUGCUUAAGUUGCAAUCAUUUUUCAUAAUAAAUUUCACAAACAAAA